AUGGAAAACGUCCAUAAAUGUGGUGAACACGGAAGGUUUGAAUAUUGCAUUGACGAAAUUCCCGGAUGUGUCAUAGGAUGUCAUUGUCAUCCCGGAUAUUAUUUUGAUACAGAUACUAAAAUAUGUGAACCUAGCGUAAAACUAACUCAAAAUUAUCGACGACGAUAUAAUAUAGAACCCAUGCAGACGGAUAUAGAAUACGUAACAAUUGGAGUAACUGAACCCACACCAAUCACAAACAUGGACCCAAUUAAUAACCAAGUUGAUGAAAUAACAAAAACUGCUGAUGAUUUGGGUGACUGGUUAUACAAUCAAUUCUUUAAAACAAUUGAAAACCAAGUAAUUAAUAAUACAAAGGAAGCUGUUGAUACUCGACGUAGCGGUGUGGCACCUAUUAAAAAUUUGGAAGCAAAGAGAUCGUCUCAAAAAAGGAAUAAAAAAUUGAAACAAAAGCGCCGGAAAUCAAGUUUGAGGCGUAAAUUACUCCGAAUUACUGAAGAUGAUAGUGCUUUCGAUACAUCUGAAGAACGACACUCAGACUCCAGUGACUCGAGUAGUUCUGAUGAAAGUGACGCAUCUUUCGAAAUUGAACAUAAAGAAGACAAACACAAAGAUGACAAAGAGCAUGGGCACAAAAAAAUUGUUAUUAUAAAUAAGAAACCAAGGCCGCCGUUGCCAUCCUUUAUAUUCUUGCCAAAUAUGGACACUCCAUUCUAUCCUCCGAUUGGUCUUCCACCACCACCUAUUAUGCCUAUGUAUCCCCUUGUACCUGUGCCACCAAUGCCUGUCUUUCCUUGUCCUGAACAAGAUGGUAGUAGUCCUACUAGGGCUCCGAUUACUACCACGAAAGAAAGUACAAUAGAAAAAGCAACAACACAAAUAACAGGUCACGAAACAACUGCAGCUGAAUUAGAUACUUCUGAGCGUCCUAUAACAGAAACAACAGCACAGCCAGCAACAGAAGCUGUCGCUACGACACAAGAUCCAGCAAAACCGUAA